GGGUGCAGGCAGUGUUUGGGAGCUCAAGGAGCAGACCCCACGCAGGCAGGAUGGCAUGCGAAAGAGCAGUCUUAUUGCAGCAGGGUGCAGGAGGUUCCUGGGCUCAAGGCUGCUGAAAGUCCAACUCUUCCGUUAAAUAUAAACCUGCCAUAGCUCUUGCCCAGUUAACCACUCCUGUGGCCAUGGCAGGCCCGCACUCAGUGCGCAGGCAGGAUCCUCCUGAGCUGCCUUCUCCCCCUGCCCAGAUCCACGCCAAGAUGGCCACCGUCCCCCAUGACUUCAACAUCGACGCCCCGCGCUGGGACCAGAGCACCUUCAUGGGGCGCCUGAAGCACUUCCUCAACAUCACUGACCCACGGACCGUGCUGGUGCCGGAGAAGGAGCUGGACCGGGCCAAGACUCUGGUGGAAGCCUGCAGGACCGGGCUGGUGCCACCAGGAAGCAGCCUGGAGCAGCUGCUGUACGCCAAGAAGCUGUACGACUCAGCCUUCCACCCUGACAGCGGCGAGAAGAUGAACUUUGUUGGGAGGAUGUCCUUCCAGGUGCCAGGGGGCAUGGCCCUCACCGGCUGCAUGCUCCAGUUCUACCGGACAGUGCCUGCUGUGGUCUUCUGGCAAUGGGUGAAUCAGUCCUUCAAUGCCUUCGUCAACUACACCAACCGCAAUGCUGCCUGCCCCAUCUCACUGAAGCAAAUUGGGGUGGCUUAUGUCACAGCCACUGGUACAGCCCUGGCCACGGCCGUGGGACUCAACCUCUACACCAAGCGAGCACCCCCCUUGCUGGCCCGUUGGGUCCCCUUUGUGGCCGUGGCUGCUGCCAACUGUGUUAAUAUCCCCAUGAUGCGGCAACAGGAGAUCAUCAAUGGGGUCAUGGUGACAGACCAGGACAACAACGAGCUUGGCCACUCCAGGAGGGCAGCAGUGAAGGGCAUCACGCAGGUUGUGGUCUCCAGGAUCACCAUGGCAGCACCAGGCAUGAUUAUCUUACCCAUCAUCAUGGAGCGACUGGAGAAAUACCCCUUCAUGCAGCGAAUCCGAGUUCUCCACGGGCCUCUGCAGGUGCUUGUCAGUGGGGGCUUCCUCCUGUUCAUGGUGCCAGCAGCCUGCGCCCUGUUCCCUCAGAGAUGCUCCCUUGCGUUGUCCAACCUUGAGCAGGAGCUGCGUGACAGCAUCGUGACCAAGCACGGGGACAAAGUGCCACACGUCUACUUUAACAAGGGUCUGUGAAUGGAGACUACCUCAGGAGCCAUCGCACCCCUCCUGGUAGCCUCCUGCCACCACCAGCCCCACAUUCCCUGAGCAGGGCUCAGAGGCACAGUCCAGCCAGAUCUGCCCCCUGCCCCAGCCCAGCACCCUGGUGCCUCCUCCCUGCAGGGGAGCAGGAUCUGGCUCUGUGCACCCAGCUUGCAGCACUCUGGCUUGUCCUGAGCCUCCCCCCAUUGCUGCUAGCCGUGUGCUUGCCUCCCCAUGUUCCUCUGGGUGAUGGUGGCACUUCCAAUGCCUUCCGCUACCCCAGCCUUGUGUCUGUGUGAGCCUCAUGACUCCUGUGAGGCAUCAGGCUCUCGCUUGGGGCUCAGAGUGCAGUCCUACCUCCAAAAGCAGGUGCCCUGCCAUUGCACCAGGAGCCAAACCACAUUGCUGCCUUAAACCACCACAGUGGCCUUUUACCAAGAGGGACGUCUCCCUCUGCACAGGGAGCAUCCUGAAGUCGAGGGACCAAUGCCUGGACCAUGCCUUCCUUAUUCUCAGGUUCAGGAUUUCUUCACUUUGUGUUGCCACAAUCCAGGAGAGAAAUAGUUACUUGUUUUUUAAGCUCUAAUUUUUGCAAUCUACCCAUUCCUCUGAGCACAAGAGCCAGCCAUCACCCUUGUCCCACUUCUCACUGUCUCUACAGUAGGACCAAGGAUCUGCAGCUUUGGGGGACAGUUGACUCUGGCCCGCCUUGGGCAGGGGGAAGCGGACACAAGAGUUACAAAGCUGGCAAGGCACUGACCCAGACUCUGAGUGGCAGCACUGAAAAUGGCAGAGAGGAGGGUUGAGUAAUUAAAUUUUAAAAGCA